AUGUUUGAAGAAAUUUGUCCACAAUCUAUUUGGCUUAAUGACCACGUUACCAAAGAAAUUCAACGCAUUAAUGAGCAGGAAUUAAAUCGAAAUAUUCAACUUUCAGGAUCUUGGCAUGAUCAAUAUUCAGAUUCACCUUAUAUAUUUGUGGGAAAUAUUCCUUUUGAUUUGACAGAAGGUGAUAUAAUAUCCGUGUUUUCACAAUAUGGUGAAAUUCUUGAUGUUCAGUUAGUUCGUGAUAAGAAAACUGGAACUUCAAAAGGGUUUGGGUUUUUAAAAUAUGAAGAUCAGAGAAGUACAAUAUUGGCCGUUGAUAAUUUAAAUAAUACUAAUCUUUUAGGACGUACUAUACGAGUUGAUCACGCAAGUGCAAAAACUAAAGAUGGACAACGUAGAAUGGGAAUGAAUGCUGUUCCCUCAAUAAUAAAUGAAACCAAAAAAUCAUCCACUUCUAGUUCAGAAGAUGAAUUUGCUGAUAAAUAUAUUUGUCACGCCGGUGAUAGUCACCGUUGGGCAAAAUUAACAGAGAAUUAUGUAAUUUUGCCCGGUGGUGACAAUCACUACUGGUGA